AUGGCAACCGCUUCGGAUGAGAUGCCAUGUCUGGAAGUGGCCGCCGAUGCCCAUUCGUCAGCCUUCGCAAGAGCAAGUGCCAGGACGUCUGAAGCCCUGCAGUGUCCUUUGCGGCUGGCGGUUUAUGGCGAAGGGCUUGUGGCAGCUGCGCAGGCUGCAUCUGCUCUGGCAACUGGCCUGGCUAGCGCCAUUGUAGCUGCUGGCCAAGCGGCUGAGGUCUCCGUGUGUUUGUUCCACGGCCUCACUGCGGCAGAGCUUUUGGCCGAUGCGGAUUCUCAGACUCUGCGAGACCUGCGCGGACGACGCGGGCCCGGGCUGCGGCAGCUGCUCUCCCAAGAGCGCCCGGAAGUGCUUUUUCUCGUCGCUGGAAGCUGUGACCUGGGGCUCCGCGAUGCGAGCCCCAAUGAAGCCAUGGGAAGCCUGCUUGGGCUUGUGCGCAAAGCACAGGCUUCUACGCCGCUUGUGUUUGUUAUGGCGCUGCCCGACAUCAGCAAAUCGACGCAGCGUGCGUCUCUUCUCGGUGCAACUUUGGCAGCAAGGCGGCAUGCGACAAAUGCUGGUUUAGUCCAGUGGGUCGACAGCAGCACUGCGAAGUGGAUCAAUCCUGCUGCCUUGCUACCUCAUGGGCCGAGGUCUGUUGCAGCCGGGUGCUGGGACAGCCAGCUGCUUUCAGAGAAAGGG